AUGCUCGGAAUCGUCCCUAUACUAUAGAAAAGAGUACUUGGAAUAUAUAAUUGGUCUCCAAGAGCAAAAAAAUUCUUAGAGCAUCCAGCAGGCCCAUUUACUAUAUUUUUUUGGUGUCCUUUAGUUAAAUGGUUUCUUACAUUGACAAAUGUUAAAGAAUUGUAAUUACCUACCAAACAAGUAAGCUCAAAAUAAUAGGCCACCCUUGCUCUUUCUGGGUUGAUAUGGACUAGAUAUAGCUUUGUUAUAACUCCGAUUAAUUACAAUUUAGCAGCAUGUUGCAUCUUUAUGAGUGCUUCUGGAUUUUAUCAAUUAUUUAGAAAAUGGAGGGCUGGAGAACUCUUAGACUGA